CCUGCUUACACCGACGCAAGACAACAGUGCUUAAAAAUCAUGUUGCUUAAAGGUAUAGAUGCUUUUACGAGACUUUGUUUGUGGACUACUUUCUUCUUGAGCUUGGGGAAUGUUUAUGCUAAGAAGCAGGACGACUCUUCGUCUAUGAAUAGUAUUUUCCGCGCGAGGUGCGCGUCACGGUGCCUCAGUUUACACAGCACAAGCAUCACGACGUUCUCCAAACACGUUCAGAUCAACGGGUCCCUCAGCUGGUGUCAAAACCAUAAACACUGUGCUAAGUGUCUGGAGCCCUGCAAGGAUUCCUGGGAAAUGAAGAGGAGAAGUCAGUGUCGGGACCUUUGUGAGCGCUCUUUCCAGAAGAAACACGCGGAGUGCCUCACGAGCUGUGAGUUUCUGCAGUCGGUUGUGGCGGUGAAACAAGGGGAGUGCCCCCCUCCGGAGAAAGCUAGCGGCUUCGCGGCGGCUUGCGUGGAGUCGUGCGAGGAGGAUGGAGAAUGCUCCGCCCUAAAGAAGUGCUGCUCCAAUGGCUGCGGGCACACCUGCCAGCCCCCCAAGAACCUCUACAAAGGUGCUCCUCUGAAGCCCAGGAAAGAGCUGAUCUUCCAGGAGCUUCCUUCAGGCCCGCUGGAGGUGCGCUGGUCCUCCAGGUUCAAUGUAUCUGCCGACCCCGUCGUGUAUGUCCUCCAGAGGAGGUGGAACUACGGUAUCCAGCCGAGCGAGGACGCAGCUACGCCCUGGGAGACAGCAGCACAGACCACGCAGGAGAAAGUCUGGCUGGCCAACACGCGUGCUGGCAGGUGGUACCAGUUCAGAGUGGCUGCAGUGAACAUCCAUGGCACAAGAGGAUUCACCACUCCCAGUCGCCACAUCCACUCCAGAAAAGACCCCUCCAAACCUCCUGCCCCAUCUGACUUGAGGGUGACCAACAUGACUUUUGGCACUGGCCAGCUUGUGUUGGUCAGGGUGCAGUGGGCUGUGUCCCCAGACCUGGAUGUCCCCGUUCACCACAUCAAGGUGGCCUGGAGCUGGACUGCCACCGAGGAUGCCACUGCGUCAUCCAAGACUAAGAGGAGGAAGACCGUGAGAGGGUGGCAGGACUAUGUGGACCUGGACAGUCUGCGGGCCAACAGGAGCUACAGUGUGGAGGUCCAGGCUGUGUCCUACUGGGGACAGACCCCCCUGAAGAGCCCCAAGACCAGCCUCCGUUUCUCCACACAGCUCAAGGAGGAACGGCGAGCCAGCUCCGGCACUACACCAGUGGGACCCCUAUCAGGCGUGCUUGAUGUGGGCACGCCCUUCUACCAGGGCGGGCAGCUGCAGGUGCGAGUGUACUGGCAGAGCAGCCCAGACCCCUCUGUAGAGCGCUACCGUGUCCAGUGGGUCCCAGAAUACUGCAGACACAACCAGACCAGGCCUAUGGAGAAGGUUAUCACCCAGGAGAACUUCAUUAGCCUUCCAAGUCUGCUCUUCUCCUGUAAGUACAAGGUCCUCCUCCAGCCUCUGGGCACCAAGGGUCGGCCCCAAGUCGAGAGCACCAGCUUCUUCACUCCCUCCUGUGCCACCAUCCAAGCCAAGAGCCCAAAAACCAUUGCCUGUCCUGGGGCAAUGGGAUCUGCUCCAGUGGUGGUGACCCCUCCAAAGCUGUCAAGCAAGGUGGAGAACCUGACGGCGUCCUUCAUGGCUCACAAAGGAAACGUCACAGUGGUGUUCGCCUGGGAGCUGGCCCCGCCUCCUGCUUCCCCACUGCUGACCGGCUUCCAGGUCACAUGGGCUGAGGUCUCCCCUUCCAGCCGCCACAGCAACCUGCCCAACAGCCUGAUCUCCCAGUCCCAGAUCCUGCCCCCGGAGCGUAGUUUCCUGGUGGUGUCUGGCCUAAGGCUGGCCACCCUCUACAGACUGGAGGUCCAAGUGAUCGGGACAGGAGGGGAAGGACCUGUCGUCACCCGCACUUUCCACACCCCAAUCUCCAUGCCUGCUGUGCAGCACCGACCCAGACUUAGGAAACAUCACCAGCAGCACCAGCCUAUGAUAGAGAGGCACUGAAUGUCCUACCUGUUACACAACAAAGAUCCAGGAAACAUUUAACUACCAGUGGUGUUGCCACUGAAAGGUUUCUCCCUCACAAACUGAUCUGUAAAAAAUCCCGACAUGUACUGCCUCUGAAAGACAUACCGUGAAUGGCUCAAAUUGAAUGCCCAAAUCACCUCAGAUACAAGCCAAACAACUCCCCAUAACACCCACAAUGGUUAAAUGAUAGUGCCAUUCUGAGAGAGUAAAACAUAUUGUCAAACAUGAGGGUCCUUCUUCGAGAAGGAAACCCUCAAGGCCUACUUUGAUUGAAGAAGGGAAGCAUUCUGGUUUUACACUGCUCCAGUCCAUUACUGAUGACGAUGACCAUAUUAUACCCCAUAGUGUGUCUGUUGUGGAACAAGCCCUGUACUCGCAUGAGGAAAUGUUAAUUAGUAGGUUUUAUGGUAAACAAUAGCUUAUAUUACAUGAUGUUUACUCAGUCAGUCUGGUGAUCCGGCAUGAAAGAACCCAAUGUUCCUGGCAUGAUGCCUUUUGUAUUACUUUCCUCUUGUCACUCAACAGAACUAUGAUGACCAUGUUACUUUAUAUGUUGUCAAAGAUCUGAAUAUUAUAUACUGCCAACCAUCUCCUUUGUAAAUACUGUACAUAAUAGUGCUUGUCUGUAUUUAUUUAUGUCUGUAGUGGUGUAUUCAUAAGGAUAAGCAUUGUACAGUAGACUGUUAUUGUGUAUCUUUCACUGGAUGUGAGUUUCUUUCUAAUUUGCCAUUUUGUAAACUGUGAGAGACCCUGUAAAACAAUUUGUUUUUGUAUUAAAGUUCGUUCCAAAGGGUAUAGAACUAAAUUGUGUAGGCUGUUGUGCAUCCCGAAACUAAUCGAAUCUAAUUA